AUGUCUCUCUCUCUCCAGCCGACAUACGUCCCGCAUCAACCACCCACGGUUACUAGUCCAUCCUUUUGCAAGCAUUCAGGCUUUAACAGUUCAGCUCCAGAGUUGGAUUUCAUUCUCCUGCAAUCAACAUCUCCUGAAAAAAAGGGGCAAAUUCCAUUCUUUUUCUUUCUUUCUUUCUUUCUUUCUAUCUUUCUUUCUUUCUUUCUUUCUUUCUUUAGGCCCUGCUUUCAUUGUUCAACCUUUCUUUCUUUAAUCCAGUCUCUAAUUCACUUAUUAGAUCUCGAGUCUUUCACCAAAGAAGACUUCUUCAAUUUCGUUUUUCUCCUUUCUUUUCUUCAUUCUUACGCUCCUUCUCCUUCACUUUCCUCAAUCUCAUACUCCUCCCUUCUGUUUCAUUCUUACUCUCCUUCUUCUCCUCUUCUAACCCUUUCCUCCAUCUUAUACUCCCCACUUCUCAGUUAUAUUCGUACCUUCCUUCUUUUCCUCUUCACUCCCUUUCCUCCAUCUAAUACUCCCUCCUUCUCCGUUUCAUUCUUACUCUCCUUCUUUUCCUCUUCUCUCCCUCUCCUCAAUCUCAUACUCCCCACUUCUCCGUUUCAUUCUUACUCUCCUUCUUUUCCACUUCUCUCCCUUUCCUCCAUCUCAUACUCCCUCCUUCUCCGUUUCAUUCUUCCUCUCCUUCUUUUCCUCUUCUCUCCCUUUCCUCCAUCUCAUACUCCCCACUUCUCCGUUUCAUUCUUACUCUCCUUCUUUUCCUCUUCUCUCCCUUUCCUCCAUCUCAUACUCCCCACUUCUCCGUUUCAUUCUUACUCUCCUUCUUCUCCUCUUCUAACCCUUUCCUCCAUCUUAUACUCCCCACUUCUCAGUUAUAUUCUUACUCUCCUUCUUUUCCACUUCUCUCCCUUUCCUCCAUCUCAUACUCCCUCCUUCUCCGUUUCAUUCUUACUCUCCUUCUUUUCCUCUUCUCUCCCUUUCCUCCAUCUCAUACUCCCCACUUCUCAGUUAUAUUCUUACCUUCCUUCUUUUCCUCUUCUCUCCCUUUCCUCCAUCUCAUACUCCCCCCUUCUCCGUUUCAUUCUUACUCUCCUUCUUUUCCACUUCUCUCCCUUUCCUCCAUCUCAUACUCCCUCCUUCUCCGUUUCAUUCUUACUCUCCUUCUUAUCCUCUUCUCUCCCUUUCCUCAAUCUCAUCCCCCCCUUCUCCGUUUCAUUCUUACUCUACAUCUUUUCCUAUUCUCUCUUUUCCGCCAUCUCAUACACCCCACUUCUCCCCCUUUCAUUCUUUCCUUCCUUCUUUCCUCUUCUCUCCCUUUCCUCCAUCUCAUCCUCCCCCCUUCUCCGUUUCAUUCUUACUCUCCUUCUUUUCCUCUUCUCUCCAUUUCCUCCAUCUCAUACUCCCCACUUCUCCGUUUCAUUCUUACUCUCCUUCUUUUCCACUUCUCCCUUUCCUCCAUCUCAUCCUCCCCCUUCUCCGUUUCAUUCUUACCCACUUCUUCCUCUUCUCCCCUUUCCUCCAUCUCAUACUCCCCCUUCUCCGUUUCAUUCUUACUCUCCUUCUUUUCCUCUUCUCUCCUUUCCUCCAUCUCAUACUCCCCCCCUUCUCCGUUUCAUUCUUACUCUACUUCUUUUCCUCUUCUCUCCCUUUCCACCAUCUCAUACUCCCCCUUCUCCGUUUCAUUCUUACUCUCCUUCUUUUCCUCUUCUCCCAUUUCCUCCAUCUCAUCCUCCCCACUUCUCCGUUUCAUUCUUACUCUCCUUCUUUUCCACUUCUCUCCCUUUCCUCCAUCUCAUCCUCCCCCCUUCUCCGUUUCAUUCUUACUCUACUUCUUCCUCUUCUCUCCCAUCCCUCCAUCUCAUACUCCCCCCUUCUCCGUUUCAUUCUUACUCUCCUUCUUUUCCUCUUCUCUCCCCUUUCCUCCAUCUCAUACUCCAUUCUUCUCCGUUUCAUUCUUACUCUCCUUCUUUUUCCUCUUCCUCCAUCCCUUUCCUCCAUUUCCAUAACCCUUCUUUUCUCCUUCUCUCCGUUUCCAUCUCUUACACUCCUUCUUUCAUUUUCUCUCUCCCUUUCCUCCAUCUCAUACUCCCUCCUUCUCCGUUUCAUUCUUCCUCUCCUUCUUUUCCUCUUCUCUCCCUUUCCUCCAUCUCAUACUCCCCCUUCUCCAUUUCAUUCUUACUCUCCUUCUUUUCCCACUUCUCCCCUUUCCUCCAUCUCAUACUCCUCCUUCUCCGUUUCAUUCUUACUCUCCUUCUUUUCCUCUUCUCUCCCUUUCCUCCAUCUUAUACACCCCUUUCUCCGUUUUCUUAUUUCUUACUCUCCUUUUCUUUUCAUACUUCUCCCUUUCCACCAUCUCCACCAUCUCAUACACCUCCUUCUCCGUUUCAUUCUUACUCUCCUUCUUUUCCUCUUCUCUCCUUUCCUCCAUCUUAUACUCCAUCCUUCUCCGUUUCAUACUUACUCUCCUUCUUUCAUUUCUUCUUCUCUCCUUUCCAUCCAUCUCCCCUCUUCUUCUCAGUUAUAUUAUUAUCUUUCCUUCUUUUCCACUUCUCUUUUCCCACCAUCUCAUACACCCUCCUUCUCCGUUUCAUUCUUACUCUCCUUCUUUUCCUCUUCUCUCCCUUUUCUCCAUCUUAUACUCCCUUUUCUCAGUUAUAUUCUUACUCUCCUUCUUUUUCCAAUUGUCUCCCCUUUCCUCCAUCUCAUACUCCCUCCUUCUCCGUUUCCUCCAUUCUUACUCUCCUUCUUUUCCCUUCUCUCUUUUCCUCUUUCUCCAUGUUAUACUCCAUCCUUUUCCGUUUCAUACUUACUCUCCUUCUUUCUUUUCCUCUUCUCUCCCUUUCCUCCAUCUCAAACUCCCCCCUUCUCAGUUAUAUUCUUACCUUCCUUCUUUUCCUCCUCUCGCCCUUUCCUCCAUCUCAUACUCCCUCCUUCUCCGUUUCAUUCUUACUCUCCUUCUUUUCCUCUUCUCUCCCUUUCCUCCAUCUUAUACACCCCCUUUCUCCGUUUCAUUCUUACUCUCCUUCUUUUCCACUUCUCUCCCUUUCCUCCAUCUCAUACUCCCUCCUUCUCCGUUUCAUUCUUACUCUCCUUCUUUUCCUCUUCUCUCCCUUUCCUCCAUCUUAUACUCCAUCCUUCUCCGUUUCAUACUUACUCUCCUUCUUUCAUUUCCUCUUCUCUCCCUUUCCUCCAUCUCAUACUCCCCACUUCUCAGUUAUAUACUUACUCUCCUUCUUUUCCACUUCUCUCCCUUUCCACUAUCUCAUACUCCCUCCUUCUCCGUUUCAUUCUUACUAUCCUUCUUUUCCUCUUCUCUCCCUUUCCUCUAUCUCAAACUCCCCACUUCUCAGUUAUAUUCUUACUCUCCUUCUUUUCCAAUUCUCUCCCUUUCCUCCAUCUCAUACUCCCUCCUUCUCCGUUUCAUUCUUACUCUCCUUCUUUUCCUCUUCUCUCCCUUUCCUCCAUGUUAUACUCCAUCCUUUUCCGUUUCAUACUUACUCUCCUUCUUUCUUAUCCUCUUCACUCCCUUUCCUCCAUCUCAUACUCCCCACUUCUCCGUUUCAUUCUUACUCUCCUUCUUUUUUACUUCUCUCCCUUUCCUCCCUCUCAUACUCCCUCCUUCUCCGUUUCAUUCUUACUCUCCUUCUUUUCCUCUUCUCUCCCUUUCCUCCAUCUCAUACUCCCCACUUCUCAGUUAUAUUCUUUCCUUCCUUCUUCUCCUCUUCUCUCCCUUUCCUCCAUCUCAUACUCCCCCUUCUCCGUUUCAUUCUUACUCUCCUUCUUUUCCUCUUCUCUCCCUUUCCUCCAUGUUAUACUCCAUCCUUUUCCGUUUCAUACUUACUCUCCUUCUUUCUUAUCCUCUUCCCCUUUCCUCCAUCUCCUACUCCCCCACUUCUCCAUUUAUUCUUACUCUCCUUCUUUUCCACUUCUCUCCCUUUCCUCCAUCUCAUUUCCCUCCUUCUCCGUUUCAUUCUUAUUCUCCUUCUUUUCCUCCUUCCUCCUUUUCCUCCAUCUCAUACUCCCCAUUCUCAGUUAUAUUCUUUUCCUUCCUUCUUUUCCUCUUCUUUCCUCCAUCUCAUACUCCCCCUUCCGUUUCAUCUUUCUUUUCUUUCCUCCCUUUCCUCCAUCUCAUACUCCCUCCUUCUCCGUUUCAUUCUUACUCUCCUUUUUCUUUUCCCCUUUCUUCUCUCCCUUUCCUCCUUAUCUCCUUUUCCCCCUCCCUUUCUCCAUUCAUAUUCUUCUCAGUUAUAUACUUACUUUUCUUUUCCACUUCUCUCCCUUUCCACCAUCUCAUACUCCCCUCCUCUCCGUUUCAUUCUUGCUCUCCUUCUUUUCCUCUUCUCUCCCUUUCCUCCAUCUCAAACUCCCCCCCUUCUCCGUUCAUUCUUACUCUCCUUCUUUUCCAAUUCACCCUUUCCUCCAUCUCAUACUCCCUCCUUCUUCCAUUCUUACUCUCCUUCUUUUCCUCUUCUCUCCUUUCCUCCAUGUUAUACUCCAUCCUUUCCCGUUUCAUACUUACUCUCCUCUUUCCACUUCUCCCUUCCUCCCUCUCAUACUUCCUCCUUCUCUGUUUCAUUCUUACCUCCUUCUUUUCCUCUUAUCCCUUUCCUCCAUCUCAUCCCCCACUUCCUUCAUUCUUUCCUUCCUUCUCCCUUUCUCUCCCUUUCCUCCAUCUCAUACCCCUUUCUCCGUUUCAUUCUUACUCUCCUUUUUUCCUCUUCUCUCCCUUUCCUCCAUCUUAUACUCCAUCCUUCUCCGUUUCAUACUUACUCUCCUUUUUCUUUUCCUCUUCUCUCCCUUUCCUCCAUCUCAUACUCCCCACUUCUCCGUAUUCAUAUCAUUCUUUUCCUUUCUCUCCCUUUUUUCCAUCUCAUUCCUCUCCCUUUCAUUCCAUCUCCUUCUUUUCCCCCCCUUUUCUCCAUCUCAUUUCCCAUUUAUUUCUUACUUCCUUCUUUUCCUCUUCUCCUUUCCUCCAUCUCAUACUCCAUUCUUCUCCCCUUUCAUUCUUACUCUCCUUCUUUUCUCCUCUUCUCUUUUCCUCCAUCUCAUACUCUCCCUUUUCCUCCCUCUCCUUCUUUUCCCCCUCCCUUUCCUCCAUCCAUCUCAUACUUUCCUCCUUUCCCAUUCUUCUUUUCCUUCUUUUCCUCUUUUCUCCCUUCCUCCAUCUCAUACCCCCCUUCUCCGUUUCAUUCUUACUCUCCUUCUUUUCCACUUCUCUCCCUUUCCUCCAUCUCAUACUCCCCCCCCUUCCUCCGUUUCAUUCUUACUCUCCUUCUUUUCCUCUUCUCUCCCUUUCCUCCAAUCUCAUACACCCUCCUUCUCCGUUUCAUUCUUUCCUUCCUUCUUUUCCUCUUCUCUCCCUUUCCUCCAUCUCAUACUCCCCCCUUCUCCGUUUCACUUACUUUCCUUCUUUUCCUCUUCUCUCCCUUUCCUCCAUCUCAUACUUCCUCUUCUCCGUUUCAUUCUUUCUCUCCUUCUUUUCCUCUUCUCUUUCCUCCAUCUCAUCCCCUCCUUCUCCGUAUCAUUCUUUCCUUCCUUCUUUUCUCUUCUCUCCUUUCUCAUACCCCCCUCUUUUCUCUCCUUCUUUUCCUCUUCUCCAUUCCUCCAUCUCAUGCCCCUCCUUCUCCGUUUCAUUCUUUCCUUUUCCUCUUCUCCCUUUCUUCUCACACCUCUUCUCCGUUUCUUUUCCUUCUUUUUCCAUCUUCCUUUCCUCCAUCUCCCCCCCCUUCUCCGUUUCAUUCUUACUCUCCUUCUUUUCCUCUUCUCUCCCUUUCCUCCAUCUCCAUGCUCCCCCUUCUCCGUUUCAUUCCUACUCUCCUUCUUCUUUCCUCUUCUCUCCCUUUCCUCCAUCUCCCCCCUCCUUCUCCGUUUCAUUCUUUCCUUCCUUCUUUUCCUCUUCUCCUUUCCUCCAUCUUAUACUCCCCUUCUCCGUUUCAUUCUUACUCUCCUUCUUUUCCUCUUCUCUCCCUUUUCCUCCAUCUCCAUCUCUCCCUCCUUCUCCGUUUCAUUCUUUCCUUCCUUCUUUUCCUCUUCUCUCCCUUUCCCCCAUCUUAUACUCCCCCCUUCUCCGUUUCCUUCUUUUCCUUCCUUUCUUUUUCCUCUUCUCUCCUUUCCUCCAUCUUAUACUCCCCCCUCUCUCCGUUUCCUUCUUACUCUUCUUCUUUUCCUCUUCUCUCCCUUUCCUCCAUCUCAUACUCCCCACUUCUCCGUUUCAUUCUUUCCUUCCUUCUUUUCCUCUUCUCUCCCUUUCCUCCAUCUUAUACUCCCCCCUUCUCCGUUUCAUUCUUACUCUCCUUCUUUUCCUCUUCUCUCCCUUUCCUCCAUCUCAUACUCCCUCCUUCUCCGUUUCAUUCUUACUCUCCUUCUUUUCCUCUUCUCUCCCUUUCCUCCAUCUCAUACUCCCUCCUUCUCCGUUUCAUUCUUUCCUUCCUUCUUUUCCUCUUCUCUCCCUUUCCUCCAUCUUAUACUCCCCUCUUCUCCGUUUCAUUCUUACUCUCCUUCUUUUCUUCUUCUGUCCCUUUCCUCAAUCUCAUGCUCCCUCCUUCCCCGUUUCAUUCUUACUCUCCUUCUUUUCCUCUUCUGUCCCUUUCCUCCAUCUCAUGCUCCCUCCUUCCCCGUUUCAUUCUUACUCUCCUUCUUUUCCUCUUCUCUCCCUUUCCUCCAUCUCAUACACCCUCCUUCUCCGUUUCAUUCUUUCCUUCCUUCUUUUCCUCUUCUCUCCCUUUCCUCCAUCUUAUACUCCCCCCUUCUCCGUUUCAUUCUUACUCUCCUUCUUUCCCUCUUCUCUCCCUUUCCUACAUCUCAUACUCCCUCCUUCUCAGUUUUAUUCUUACUUUCCUUCUUUUCCUCUUCUCUCCCUUUCCUCCAUCUCAUACUCCCUUCCCCUCUCCAUUUUCUGAUAAUGCCAGUUUCAUAUUCCAAGUGCAUUUACCCAGUCAUUUCAAAAUGGCAAAUUAA